AUACGAUUUAAUUUUAGAACUGACUUUUAUAGAUGGCAUAAUAAGCUUAAAACAGAAAUAGAAUACACUCACUAUAGAGAAUGCAAAAUUCACAUAUAAUAUAAACUAAGGGAAGAGAUAGUAUAUAACUGCCAUAAUAAGAAAUCUAACAGUAGCUGGGUUUCUAAAAAAAAAGAAGUCUAACAAUAGUGACUGUGAGCAAUGCUAUAAGUAGAUUACAGAGCAUGAGGGCAUAGACUUUGAUUUCGCUGUCAAAUAUGGAUUUCUUAUUGUUAUUCACUUUGUGGGGUUGUAGGGAUGAAUAUUAUGCUUGGGGACUGCUUCAGAUAUCGAAAGCAGUGAGCUUCUUAAAUAAUGAUUGUAAACUUGUUCAUGGCAAUGUUUGCUUGGCUAGUGUUGUUGUCACACAAACUCUGGACUGGAAACUUCAUGCUUUUGAUGUUCUUUCAGAGUUUGACGGGAGCAAUGAGACAUCCUCCACACAAAUGCUGGUAAUUUAGUUUUAGAUAGAAAUACCUUGCAUUCUUGUUAGCUUUAGCAUUUCUUGUUUUUUUUCUUUUUU